GGGAUAGACAAUUUAAAACAGAAAAAAGCCAACCUGAGAUCUCUUACCAUAGAGGCUCUUUCUUCAAGACAUUCAGUUUCAUAACUAUUAUUUGAAUCCUCUUCUCCAUUUCAAAUUCCCAUAUCUGCUAUAACAUUUAGCCAUUUCGUUCUUUUUUUUGGCACCUUCAUAAUGGCAGGCGUCGUAAGAGCAAUCAAUGCAAAGAUUCGAUCCAACAAGGCUCUAGAUUACUUUUGCUCCACACAUUUCUGGGGCCCUGCCUCGAAUUUUGGUCUUCCGAUGGCCGCAAUCAUGGAUACGCAAAAAGACCCUGAAAUAAUCUCAGGCAGAAUGACGAGCGCGUUCAUCGUCUGUUCGAGCCUUCUGAUGAGAUAUUCCCUUGCCGUGUCACCAAAAAACUAUCUGUUAUUCGCUAUGCAUUCCGUUAAUCUGGCCGCACAAUCUUUUCAAGCCUGGCGAUUUGUAGACUACUGGUAUCUUCAAGACCGUGUACAAACAACCAAUGUGUAAUACGACAACAGAUUUGACGUGGAAACAUCCUAAAAGCCAUUAUGAAAUAUUCUGCAUUGUUCUCGGCGUUGGGUGGAAAUUUCAAUCGUACCUAUCGGUUGAUAUCAGCGAAUUUCAAACCUAUUAGAAAGUGCAUCACCUUGUUUCUCGGAGAAGUCCCAUUAUUAAUUAGGUUUAAUUUAAGGCACGACAUUGUCUAUUUCAAAGAUAGAAUGAAAACGUUUGAACAAAACUAUGAUUUGUGAAAUUGAGUCUGUCAAUUGAUGAUAUGGAAUAUAAAAAUUUAAUGCAUUGGACAUUUGUUUGACCUUAUGUCUAAUUGAUUGUGCUUUUUCAAAUUUUCAAUAUUACUAGGGUAUAAAAG